AUGGAUGAGGCAACGGGACCUCUCCCGCCCCCGCAGCCGCCGCCGGCGGAUUGGCGUGAUGUCAUUGAGGUAUCGCAGGAGGAGUUCGAAGAUUCCCAGCGCUUUCUGCAGAGCCAGGACGCGAUAAUGGACGACUCAGUGUUCAUGCACAUCCGCAAGGUGAUCGCUUACCUCUAUCGCAAGGAGGCGGAGAGUGUAGCCAUUCAGGGUUCCGGGGGCGACGAUGCGAGCGCCCGCGAGCACCAGUCCGAGUACCUCGCUGAGCUGAACACCAACGUGUUGAACACAUUGGUGGAAGGCUAUGUUGGGUACGCCUGGCUCUGUGAAGUCUGCGCUCGUUGGAUCGAGGAGCUCAACGUGCAGAAUAGCCAAUACCUUAGUAUGCGGGGUCUAGGCGAGAAACGCGAGGGAAAUAGCGGCGUUACUGGAACCGUCAACAUCAUUCGAGAGGCUCUGAUGAGCUUCUUGAAGCAGAACUACGACUCCGAGAAGAUGCGCAUAUACAUGGAGGACAAGGCCGACCACGACAAGUGGAACCCCCCUGAGCUCUACUGGAACCUGAUGAAAUCUCCGCUGGUAGUUUCGCACAUGAUCAACAUAUACCAUGAGCGACCUAAGGACGAGUUCUUGAGUUCGUGGUACCAGGACUACAUGAAUACGGCAAGCGCGCACAUGAAGCUCGAGCAGGCCGACAUCGACAGCGAAGGUUUGUCGAGGAUAACCAGCAACUUCAGCGUUUUCACUCUGCGCAUCUCCGAAGAGAUACGGAAAUUCCUGAUGAAGGACGACGUUUUAGAUGCAAUUGAGCUGGAUGGAACGAGCCCGCUGAGCCCUCUGUUUUGGCACGCAGAGAACGCAUACAUAUACUCCCAGGCACUGCUCCAUUUCAUAUACCAGUGGCGAAACGAUCUAAAGGGCUGCCGUCGCCUGUCUCAACUGAUAGCUCGUACCACGAUGCGUCCAACAGAGGGCCUGUUUCCCGACGAGGACAAGGUUGACGGCAACAUGUACGAAUGGAGCGCAUCGCAAAUACACCUGCUCAUGACAAACUUCUCCCGUUUCCCCAACCUACACAGUUCCUUCAAGCGGCUAUGUGCCAAUCCACAUUUGUCGACGUUCAAGUUGAACGAGAUGGACGUCUGCGACUUCUACGAUGAGUUGAACAAGACGCUAAACGCCUUUGACAACUAUGGCAUCUUGCUGUUCGACCGAUCCCGGGAUCGCGCCAUCAACAGCCGAUCGCAACCCUCCGAUUCUCCCGAGGACGUGGGCGACUCGGUAUCGCUUUACGGCGAUGCCCAACGCUCAGAUGAGUACAUGCGGCUUAGAAACGCGCCAGAAAUGCCGCCACUGGAGGCGAUUCGUGAGAGCAAUAUACUAAACCAGUUGAUUGAGGAUUUCUCGAACGAGGACAUACCUCUCCCGGAUUCCAAUACUUGGAUCCGUUACGCGAAUCUGCUGGUUUUGCUAUCAGUGCCGUCCCCGUACGAACUGCUGUACUUCCACUACGACGAACUGGUGUGCAACCAUCUGAAGCGUCUGCCUCAGCGCGAGGUGUGGAAACAGUUUUACCUGCCGGUGGGUUUAUACUUCGGCUCCACUGACCUACCUCAGGAGUACGACGACGAGAGCAGCCUGGACGAGAUAGAGCAACUGCGGGACUUCGGCACGAGUUCACCGGACGAAGAUGUAUGCUCGAGCGACCUGAACUCCCUACGUCUGCAUUCACCUUCCCAUGACGUGGAGAGCGAAUUUUCAGUCCCGAUGGGUGCUAACAGCGCUUCAAACGACAUGAGAGGCUAUGACGGAUGCAAACCGCAGAAGGCGUGGAACACUCAAAGCGUAGUAUCCGCGUCGAGCACACUGCGUGACUUGGACGCUUCUUCCGUCUUGUCUUCCAGCGCAUUUGAAAGCGAGCUGUGCCAUAACAUGGAGGUGGAGUCCAACCCCGGUCAUCAUGGCGGCAAAGUCAACGUGUCCACACCGUCUAGCCGUAGCGACAGCUCUACCGGUCUCGGUAAGCGUGGUUUUGGGGGUGUUGCGGGUGGUGGCUGGCUCCCGGACGCAAAACGCAGUAACGUGCCUCGUGACAAGAGCCAGUCGGCCGAUCGCGAAGACGAGUACCUGGAGAUAAAAAGCACUCUGGCAAGUGCCAUAUACAAGAACACCAACGAGGACAGCAAGCUGGGGGCGCCGAAGAACAUCUCUCCGGAACGGCUGGCUGAGAUGAAGGACAUGUACGCAGCCUUUAAGAUCCAGAGCGACAGGGUGAAGGGCAUCGCUCGCAAGGAACUGUACCACCUGCAUAAGAUCAUCCACAAUGCAUCGAUGGACCCGAGCGAGCGUGACUUCGAGAUGCGUGAUGUGAUCUCCACGGUCAUUGCCUCGUCCGUGGUGAUGGCAUACAUUCGGCAUGACGUCAUGAGGAAGCGCAACAUAAGCGCCGUCUCCGACGCGAAGCUUAUGUUGUUGAUGGAGAUCGCUGACAAGCACCCUGUCAAGCGCACUCCUAUCGCUGUGUUUUUGCGUGACGUUUGCGUCGCGUGCGCCGAAGGCAAGAUAUCGGCCAAUAGCAGCACCGUGAAACUGGAAGUAGGUUUUGCAUUCUUGACCCACGUGUUAUACCGUUGGUUGUUAUUUGAGAGUGAUGUGAUCAACUGCCUUUCAUACAAGAUGUCACGUUCCAUAUUUCCCUUCGCUAUGCAUUUUGUGAUCCUACGUGAUUUCAUCGCUCAUCAAUGUCACAGCGCCUGCAAUGCAUAA